UAACCAAGUUUGUUGUGUUUUAAAAUCUUUGUUGUCAUAAGAGAACAUUCUAGAAUCUUUAAAGAGGUGAAGGAGGUGAAAACUCUUCAGUUUGCUGAGGAGUUCUUGAGAGAAAGGUCACAGCAUUUUGUGAAGAGAUCAAACUACGACCACAAUGUUCUCCUGUAUAGGAAAACGCAGAAAGGAAAAAGUUAGUAAUCAGGAUUCCCCUGAUGGUCCAACCACCACAGUCUCAAGUCCAGCUGAAAAAAACCCCCAAAAGACUUGGUGGUUUGGCAGAUGGCUCUGUCAUGUCAAGACAACCAGGAAUCAAGUGAUUCAACUGAUUCCAAUAGAAGACACGGACGAGAUUGUUGACACCGGCUGUAAGGACUUGUCUCCUAAAAUCCCGGUCUUUGAGAUGGCCAUAGCAGAAAGUAUCAACGAAAUGGACCAGGAGGUUUCACCCGCCACCACCACUGCAGGGACGGCAGCAAGAAAGAUUGCAUGGGACACGACGGAGACGACGGAGGAGAAGAAGACACCGUGGUGGCGCCGGUUUUGUCAUGUUUCCUUAAGUGUCAACGAAAAGUACCAGGUUUCACCCGCCACCACCACGCCUGAAAUCCCUGUUUUUGAGACGGCCAUAGCAGAAAGUAUCAACGAAAUGGACCAGGAGGUUUCACCCGCCACCACCACUGCAGGGACGGCAGCAGUUAAGAUUGCAUGGGACACGACGGAGACGACAGAGGAGAAGAAGACACCGUGGUGGCGCCGGUUUUGUGAUGUUUCCUUAAGUGUCAACGAAAUGGACCAGGAGGUUUCACCCGCCACCACCACUGCAGGGACGGCAGCAAGAAAGAUUGCAUGGGACACGACGGAGACGACGGAGGAGAAGAAGACACCGUGGUGGCGCCGGUUUUGUCAUGUUUCCUUAAGUGUCAAGGAAAAGUACCAGGUUUCACCCGCUACCACCACGCCUGAAAUCCCUGUUUUUGAGACGGCCAUAGCAGAAAGUGUCAACGAAAUGGACCAGGAGGUUUCACCCGCCACCACCACUGCAGGGACGGCAGCAAGGAAGAUUGCAUGGGACAUGACGGAGACGACGGAGGAGAAGAAGACACCGUGGUGGCGCCGGUUUUGUCAUGUUUCCUUAAGGAAGUGUCAAUAGCUUUGUGUUGUUAUUAUCUGUCUGUCUGUCUGUCUGUCUGUCUGUCUGUCCGUCUGUCUGUCCGUCUGUCUGUCUGUCUGUCUGUGUCUCUGUGUCUCUGUCUGUCUGUCUGUGUCUCUGUCUGUCUGUCUGUGUCUCUGUCUGUCUGUCUGUGUCUGUCUGUGUCUGUCUGUCUGUGUCUGUGUGUCUCUCUCUCUCUCUCUCUCUCUCUCUCUCUCUCUCUCUCUCUCUCUCUCUCUCUCUCUCUCUCUCUCUCUCUCUCUCAACCUGGCCGGCCAGCAGCAGAUGGGUCCCCCCACAUGAGUCUGGUUCUGCUCAAGGUUUUUUUCCCCUGUUAAAAGGGUUCUUUCCUUGCCACUGUCGCCUUCAGGCUUGCUCUGUGGGGGUUCAGGCCAAAUGGGUUCUCUCAAGCUAUUUGACACAAUCUGAACUGCUAUUGACACUAUGUAAAUAAAACUGCAUUGAAUUGAA